UUUAAUUAUUAUUUGGUUUUAUUUUCUGUUGUUUUUAGUUUAAUUUAGUUCAAUUCUCAACUCCAUACAAAUUGCCAUAAAAGAAUAAUGUUAUUGCAUGUGUUGCUUAUUCCCCUUUGUUUUGAUGAAAAUCAUAUGACUAAUUAAUUGAUCUUUGUUCAAUGAGAACUGCUUAGUAAAGUAACUGUAAGUUUCAACUUGUAGGAACUCUAAUUAAAUUCAGGCAAAAGUUCCUUCAUUUCUACUUAAAAUAAUGUCCACAAGGUCAUCUGUAAAUUCGAUACAUAGCAAACAAGGAGAUAAAUCACAGGAUGAAAAACUACUCCAACCCUUUACUUACAUUACACAAACACCCGGUAAAAACAUUAGAUCAAAGCUUGCCAGGGCUUUUAACUACUGGCUAAACAUAUCCGAAGAUAAAUUAGAGCGAAUCGAGGAAAUAAUUCAAAUGUUGCAUAACGCCAGCCUUUUAUCUUUUAGAAUUGACGACAUACAGGAUAAUUCGAUUUUAAGACGAGGGAUACCGGUGGCACACAGCAUUUACGGAAUAGCUAGCACCAUUAAUGCUGCCAAUUAUGUGAUAUUUAUAGCGCUAGAAAAGGUGCUGGAAUUGAAUCAUCCCGAGGCGACCAAAGUGUAUACUGAGCAAUUAUUAAACUUACACCGAGGACAAGGGAUGGAAUUGUACUGGCGAGAUAACUUUGUUUGCCCUAGCGAAGAGGAAUACGAACAGAUGACCAUUCGCAAGACUGGUGGAUUGUUCAUGCUCGCUAUCCGUUUAAUGCAAUUGUUCAGCGAAAAUAAAGAGGAUUUCACACGACUAACCGAAAUUUUGGGUUUAUCAUUUCAAAUUCUAGACGAUUAUCAAAAUUUACAUUCUAAAACCUAUUUUAGGCAUAAAAGUUACUGCGAGGAUUUGACUGAAGGUAAAUUUAGUUUCCCAAUUGUCCACGGCAUCCAGAGCAAUCCAAAUGAUGGACAAAUAAUACAUAUUCUUAGACAACGGACGAAAGACAACGAAGUAAAGAAAUACUGCGUUUCAUUGUUAGAAAAAUUUGGAAGUUUCGAGUAUACAAGACAAAAAUUAGUCAAGCUACGUGAAGAAGCAGUUCUCGAAGUAGCGAAGCUCGGUGGUAACCCGGUGAUGGAUCAAGUGAUUGAAAAUUUCUUUAAAGUGAUAAAUGACGACAACGUUCCAUAAUUAUUGUACUUCAAAAUUAUAUAGCAAAUAAACUUAAGUACUACUGAGAA